AUGACAGAAAAUUACCUACCAGAAGACAUCAUUGUGAAAAUCCUCCACAGGGUUCCCCUAAAACCCCUAGUACGAUUCAGCACUGUUUCGAAAGGCUGGCAUUCCAUUAUAUUUGCCGACCCUCAAUUCAAGAAAUCCCAUACGAAAUUUGCUUCUGCGCAGCAAACCCUCAGUCGAAGACUCCUCUAUUCCACGGCCUCUCAAGUUGAAUCCUUAGUCUUGGAGACGCCGUCGUUUGGAGACACUUCUUCCGUCAGAAAGCUCAGCUGCCCCUUCAAUAAACACGGGAAUCGUAUCAAGCUACUAGGCUCCUGUAAUGGCUUGGUAUGUGUAGCUCUUGAGUCCACGCGAAACUUGUAUAUUUGGAACCCAACAAACGGAUUCUUCCAAAAGUUACCCGACCCUGGUUUCUCCCAAGAAGAUAAUAUUGUGGUUUACUCUGGUUUAGGGCAUUUGUCAGCCACAGACGACUACAAAGUUCUAGUUGCCGCCGGUAGAGCUAGAAGCAGAGAUCGGCGCCGCAAACUUUAUUUGCGGCGGGACGAGAUCAAGGAGGUGAAGAUAUUCUCAUUAAGGUCUAAGUUAUGGAUUGAACUGAUCCCUCCACGCUUGACCCUUGAGCGUCAGGGGACUUUGUGCAAUGAGGCACUUCAUUGGUUGCAUUGCAAAAGUAUCGUUGUUUUUGAUUUGGCCAAGGAAGAGUUCAGGCUAAUGCCGCUGCCUGAUUGUCUCAUUCCUUUUCAUUUUUACAUCCGUCUUGGCGUUUCUUCUGGAGGAUGCUUGUGUGUGACGUAUACCUUCAAUUUUGAAAACUCUAUUGAUUUGUGGGUGAUGAGAGAAUAUGGCGUGCGUGAAUCUUGGACUAAGCUCUUUAACUGUAACAUUGCCGAACGGCCGCGUGGGACGUAUGUCAGUCGACCAAUCCUGGUUAAGGAGAGUACACUUUUUGUGUUUAUAUGGGAUUGGGGGAACUGGGAUAACAGGUUGGUCUUGAAGAUCGAUCAUGAACAAGGGAUAGUAGGCCAAUAUAUGUUGCCUAAGGUUGACAUGAUUGAAAGGAGAAUUGUGCCUAAUAUGAUCCAAUAUAUGAUUGGAUACGAAGAGAGUUCAGUUUGGCUUAGUGAUUACCAUGCAUGUAGUGCACGAGAAGAAGAAGGUCAAUAG